AAUAUAAGUCCCCCUCCCCUUCUCAUCCCGCCCCUCCGCAGUUAAACCGCGCAAACAGCAGAACAGGAGGGCAGAAGCACACGGUGUGUCAACGACAGAGAGUAUUGUAAGAGCGAUAUCGAGCGGAGGCGACAACAAGCUUUAGACGUGAAGCACAGGGAAUCGAAGUCCGAGAUUGCUGCCGCACACCACAUCUGCGCCCCUGCAUUCUCUUGGCAAACACCCAAACACCUAACCAUAAACCAGGAUGGAGUACGAGCCACUUAAGGAUAGCAACGCGAGCGUUCGCACCUUCAUUCCAGAGGAUCUGGGAGGCGAAGGCCUUGGUCGCACCAAAACCAUCAAGCGAGUGACACUAGCGAAUACCGGGGCCUUUGUGGUCGAUCAACCAAUCUCCAAGCAUGUCCUUCACAAGGCGACUCACGUCGAUGGGCAGGAGUUCAACUACAUGCGUUACACCGCUUGUACAUCUGAGCCUGGGGACUUCAGCAAAGGUUACACCCUCAGACAGCGCAUGUUCAAGCGCACGACCAAGGUUGCAUGUGUCGUGACGAUGUAUAACGAAGAUGAUGUUCUUUUCGCCAAAUCCAUGUACGCUGUCAUGAAGAACAUCGCGUAUCUGUGCAGUGAUGAAUGCCCUUACAGCUGGGGCCCAGAUGGCUGGAAGAAUUUCGUUGUGGUCAUUGUUAGCGACGGUCGCUCGAAAAUCAACCCAAAAGUUCUUACCUUGUUGGGGGUUAUGGGAUGUUACGCCGAUGGCCUCGCGAAGGGAUCCGUCAACGGCAAAGACGUGAAAGCCCACAUCUUCGAGUACACAACACAAGUCGCCAUCAACAAAGACUUAUACCCGCGCACCGAUUCCAAUGUUAAAUAUCCCAUGGUGCCCAUGCAAACGGUCUUCGUGCUGAAGGAGAAAAACGCCAAGAAGAUCAACUCUCACAGAUGGUUCUUCAACGCAAUCUGCAACACCAUCGAUCCUGAGGUCUGCUUCCUCUUGGAUGUCGGCACUGUUCCUUCUCGGGAGUCCUUCUACCAUCUCUACCGGGCAUUCGAGCGCAACGAGAACGUCGGCGGAGCCUGUGGGGAAAUCAAGGCGGAACUGGGACCUUAUUGGAAGAACCUGAUCAACCCACUCGUUGCAUCUCAAAACUUCGAGUACAAGAUGUCCAACAUCCUCGACAAACCACUUGAAUCCGUUUUCGGUUAUAUUUCGGUCUUGCCUGGAGCAUUCAGCGCGUAUCGUUACAAAGCCUUACAAGGCGCGCCCCUUGAUGCGUACUUCAAGGGAGAAGAACUGCAUGGAGGAGCGGACAUUUUCGCUGCAAACAUGUACCUUGCCGAAGACCGUAUCCUGUGUUUUGAGCUGGUGACCAAGCGAAACGACAAGUACGUUCUCCGAUACUGCAAGGACGCCCAUGCCGAGACGGAUGUUCCGGACAGACUGGCGGAACUGAUUUCCCAGCGUCGACGGUGGUUGAACGGGUCCUUCUUUGCAAGUUUGUACGCUGUCUGGCACUGGAAGAACAUUUUCAGAUCAGCGCACAGCACUGGCCGCAAGACUGCUCUUCUCUUUGAGUUCUUCUACAACGGAGUCAAUCUGCUAUUCAGUUGGUUUGCUCUCGGAAAUUUCUACCUUGCCUUUCAUUUCUUGAUGCAGAACGUGCCGUUCGGCGAAGUGGCGAAUAAAAUCGUUAGCCAAAUUGUUCCACAAUUAUACCUGUUCGCGCUCAUUGCGAUCUUCGUUAGCUCGCUGGGCAAUCGUCCUCAGGGAACCAAGUUCUUAUACCACUCCCUGGUGAUAGGAUUUGGGCUGAUCAUGAUUCUGAUGCUCUUCUUGGCGAUAUCCGCCGUCAAAGCGUCUUUAGAGACGGCGAUCACCGAGAUCGACAAGCCUGAAGUCACACUCUUCCAUUACUUCUUCACCAACGGAACUUUCCGCGAUCUCGUCGUGUCCCUUCUGUCUACGUACGGCCUCUACAUCACCGCAUCCCUCGCCCACGCCGACUGGUACCACAUGGUCACCUGCCUGCCCCAAUACCUGAUCCUGACGCCAACAUACAUCAACGUCUUCAUGAUUUACGCUUUUUGCAACUUGCACGAUGUGUCAUGGGGCACGAAAGGCGACAACGCACCCGACCUCGGAUCCGUCACAGUCAAGACGACCGCGUCCGGCGAGCAAGUCGCGGACGUGGCGAUGCCGUUCACUGAAGACGACCUGGACGACGCGUACGAGGUGUUUGCGAAGCAGCUGACGAAACAGCGGGAGGAGAUUGGCAAGAAGGAGGUGUCGACGGUCAAUGCGCAGACGCAGCAAGAGGAUGGGUACAGGAAGUUCCGGACUAGGGUCGUGCUGUCUUGGGUGCUCAGCAAUUCGCUGCUCAUUCUGAUCUUUACGAAUGAGUACCUGUUCCCGCCAAACCCGCCGGCGGUUAACCCGUACUUGACCUUCUUGUUCUGGAGCGUUGCUGUUCUGAGCGCUAUCCGUACAGUAGCUUCAGGCUUCUUCCUGGUUGACCACUGGCGGACCAAAGUCGGAGAGAAAUACGGCGGACGUGGGCAUGGAUUGGAGGACAAGGUGUAAAGAGGCGUAAAACUCAGGACUCCCUUCUUUUUUUUGUGGGCCGUAAAACCACGGCGUGUGAUAUGCAAUGGCGUAUGUAGAGUGUGGUAUUUGGUACAUUCUGUAGGAUAGUGUGAUGUGUGCAUAUGUAUAUAUACAAAUUGAUAUGAAAACAUGG